AAUGAGUGUUACACGUUUGUUGUGAUGUUUUUAUAAAAGUAUAUAUAAAUGAGUUGAUGGGAGUGAGAGACUAAAGUAAGGUGUUUUACUGCACUCUGUUAAAGACACUUAAUAUAUGUUUGUUAUUGACGUAUACACUUUAUAUUUUUCAUAUAUAUUUAUUUACUGUUUUUUAUUGAACUAAUCGCUUUGAAAAUCAGCUGGAACCAUGAACACACACACACACACACACACACACACACACAGAGCUCCCUCUGCUGGUAGAAGAGACAAACGUCAGUGAGACAUGAUGUCAGGGUUUGUCCUCUCCUGUCUCACACACAGGACAGUCGACCAUGUCUCACUUACAGAAAACACCUGUUGACACCUGAUCUCUUAGCUCCGCCCACUGCUGCACUUGAACAACAGGUGUCAGUUUCUGCUGCUGCUGGUGCGUUCAGGUGCGACUCAGGAACUCUGAUGCUGUGAAGGCAGCGUCCCUGAGAUCAAAGCUGGUCUAAUAACAGGAUGAGUCACUCUGAUCAGGGGUCAGCCGCUGCUGCUGAUGGUGGGGGUCACACUGAUCUGAGGCUCCGUUACUCGUCUUCGUCUCUGGGACACGUCUGUCAGUCCUGGAAGAUGCCGGUUCAAAUCCCGGACGACUCUGACUUUUCCUCGUUCAAAGAUCAGUGUUUGUCCUCGGACGCUUGGACGAGUCGCUACAACAAGGGAGGAGUGACCGUGUGGUGUCAUGAGCAGGAGAGCAGGAGCGUCCAGAAACUCAAGAUGAGGAUCGUGUGUAAGGACGUGAAGGCAGAGACACUGUACGAUGUCCUCCAUGACACCAGCUACCGCAGGAAGUGGGACACAAACAUGAUCGAGACGUACGACAUCGGUCGACUGACGGUGAACGCGGACGUAGGAUAUUAUUCCUGGAAAUGUCCGUCUCCUCUGAAGAACAGAGACUUUGUGACCAUGAGGUCGUGGCUUCCUCUCGGCAGUGAUUACCUCAUCAUUAACUACUCCGUCAAACACCCGCAACAUCCACCUAAGAAGGACUAUGUCCGAGCUGUGUCUCUGUUGACUGGAUAUCUGAUCCAGUCCAACGGAGCCAACUGUUCCACCCUCUACUACCUGACCCAGGUGGACCCUAGAGGUUCUUUACCAAAGUGGGUCGUCAACCGAGUCUCUCAGUUUGUGGCUCCAAAGGCGAUGAGGAAGAUCUACAAAGCGUCCCUGAAGUAUCCAGAGUGGAAGCGCAGACAUGACCCGGGGCUGAAGCCGUGGAUGUUUCCGGAACAGAACUGUCUGCCGUGCAUCAGCGCGUCGGAGCUGACGCUGCAGCGAGCAGCCUCACUGGAGAACAUCGACGAGAGCAACGUCAGCGAGGAGAGGACGCAUCAGAGCGACGACGAAGACACUUAACGUCAACGUCCUCUCUCUCUCUCCCUCUCUCUCUCCCUCUCUCUCUCUCUGUGUGUGUG